AUGUCCUCGAGACCUAUCACUCCUGUUUCGCCCAUCCAAAGCGCUCAUCCCGAUGCCUCAAUACAUUCCGCGCGAGCUCCGAGCGCCAGGCUAUCUUCUCGACCUGUAUCCUAUGCCGGCACCCAACAUACAGAGACCUUGUCGCAUCCAAACCAUUCUCAUGCUGCUCUUUUGCAGGAUCCAUCCUCCGUAGCGCAAGCCGCCGAUCUACAUGAUGAAGUCGUCCACCAAAACCAGGAGUCUCCAGACCUUCCUCGGAGCAACUCGCAUAUGUCAGGGUCGCAGACUCUACUACCAUCGAGAGGUGGGACACUGAAGAAAAAGGCUUCUCUUCACAAGAGCGCAAGUCUGAAAAGGACUGCUAGCAAGAGAAGCAGCUACGCCGGUUCAGUGCGCAGCAUGCCACUGGCCGAAAAGGAGAAGUAUGGCGAAACUGAAGAGAGCAACAGUGUUUUCUACUGUCCAGUUCCGACCACAGGAAACCCCACAGAGCUUCUCGCAGCGCGAUUCCAAGCAUGGCGCAAAGUACUCAAGGAUUUGAUUAAUUACUUCCGGGAACUGCACAAGACAUAUGAAACUCGAGCAAAAGCCCUCAUGUCGACCUCCAACGUUAUCAACAACACCACAAUCCCUUCCAACUUCUUGACAUCUGGUGGUCUGGGUGACGCCGCCUACAUCCUUCGAGACUUUCACAAACAAGGACUUAACGAAGCCAACAAGGCUCGAGACCUUGAGAAUGAGGUCAUUAUUCAACUCACGGGUCUGCGUAGUGACCUCCAACAGAAGAUUAAAGAGAUCAAAAGCUUGUCUGGUGAUUUUAAGAAUUCAGUAGACAAGGAAAAGGAGGUCACCAAAAGGGCGAUCCAAUCUUUACAAGAAUCUCUUGGUAUGGUUGAUCAUGAGGUAGCAUCGUCUGGAGGCAAGGGCGACCCAUUCUUGGUCAAGAUGACCGUCGACAAGCAGAUUGAGAAACAAAUCGAUGAAGAGAACUAUUUGCAUCGGGCCUAUCUCAACCUCGAAGCGUCUGGUCGAGAGUUGGAGUCCAUCGUGGUUGGCGAAAUCCAGAAAGCGUAUAAUGUGCUUGCCGGCAUCCUGCGCCGCGAAGCCGACGACGCCUAUGACACAGCUGAGAAGCUCAAGGAUGGACCUUUGUCGAUGACCAAGGACCAUGAGUGGGACGAAUUCACCAGGAAUAACAAUCAAAUGGUGGAUCCAAGAAUCCCCAUUCGACAAGUCUCUCAUAUUAUCUAUCCCGGAAAAGAUCAUCCGGCCGCCAUUGAAGUAAGGAGCGGGAUGCUUGAGCGGAAGAGUAAAUACCUGAAGAACUACACUCCUGGAUGGUAUGUGCUGUCUCCGACACAUCUGCACGAGUUCAAAUCGGCAGACCGAAUUGCAUUCCAGUCGCCUGUCAUGUCAUUAUAUCUGCCCGAACAGAAACUGGGCGCUCAUUCUGAGCCUGGCUCUUCGUCGCAUAAAUUCAUGCUCAAGGGUCGACAGACCGGCUCGAUGCAUCGCGGGCACGCCUGGGUCUUCCGAGCCGAGUCACACGAGACCAUGUUAGCGUGGUUCAAUGACAUCAAGGAGCUUACUGAAAAGCGAGGUGAAGAACGCAACGAGUUUGUCCGCAGGCAGCACGCUCGAUCGCUUUCCGGGAACAGUGUCAAACCUGCCAGCAUUAUGAGCUCGGAGGGCGAGAUGGAGGAUGAUGAGGCUGAUCGCAUUGCAUUUUCCGGUGAACAGUCCGUGCGAGGAACAUCUGCCGAUGGAGCUGCCAUCGCCGCUGCUACUGCCGCCGGCGCCGGCGGUCUCGGUGCGGCUGCGUUGAACGACAUCGAGGACAACAGAUCCGAAGCCGGAUGGCGUCCUCCACAACGACCAGCACCAGGUGGGCGAUUUCCAUCUGAUCUCAACGUACAGCGCGGCUUGCAAGCUCCGCUGUCCCCUUCUAGUGGAGAGAGUUCUGACCCAGACCGUGAUGUCAUAGCAGCAGCAGGUGCUCUACCAGGCAGCGGAGUACCUUUCGCCCAUACCACGGAAAAGCACACGGAUCUCCAGCCAGACGCCGAUCCACCUGCUGGUCUGACGUCGCAGAUGAAUACAACGAACCAAUAUGCGCCGGGCCACCAUCCGAAUAUAUUCCCCAAUCGUCAACCACACCCUGCCCACGAUGACGCGAGUCAGUAUGGUGAAUGGAUGGCGCCAAUUGCUGCAGGCGCAGGAGGGGCGGCGUUAGCUGCUGGGGCUAUGCACCAUCACCACGAGCAUCAACUCGAGAAACAGACUGAGACGGAUGCCCAACGGCUAGAUGGUGAAUCAGCAAUCCCGCGAUAUGGAGAAUCCUCAGCCCCCAUACCCGUGGCAACCGCGGCACCAGUCGAUGCACCGUCUGCACCGCUGGCAAUGAGUGAAACAACCACAGCGCCCAGCUCGGCUGUCGCCAAUACCGUAUCAUCAGGAACGGAGACGGGCACAUUGUCCACGGUGCCAACAAGCACGGGUCACGGUGUGGCGACUCCCACCAUGUUCGACGCUAAUGGUAUCUACGCGGGCCCCAGAACAUCCAAGACUGCGCCAACGGAUUACGUCGUCAAGCCGGCGCAGGCCUACAAUGGUACCCGAGAAUUCCAUGUUCCAGGAGAGUUCCCAGCGACGCCUGCACUCAACGAAGAUUCCAAGAUAUACCACGACGUGGUCCAACAUUAG